AUGCUCUCAAAUCAUUUACCAUCAUGGAUCAUCAUCAUCACAAUAUUCCUUAAUAUUCGUUCAUCAUCAUCAUCAUCAUCAUUAUUGAUUGAAAACAUCAAACCACCACCAGCAGAAGCAGCAACUAAUCCCGAUGAGAUAAUCCUAAAUUCUACACGUACACAUUAUCAAAUAAUCGAUUCGGAUUUGGCUAAAAAUGAUCCAAUCAGUCGUAUUGAAAUUAUAUUCGAUACACCAGUAUUUCAAUAUGAAAAUUUAAUACUUGAAUGUCGUUAUCGAUUGAAUGUGGAUAAAAAAUUAUAUUCCAUCAAAUGGUAUAAAGAUGAUGAUGAAUUUUUUCAAUACAUGCCCAAUGAUUAUCCCAAAGUUCAACAUUAUAAUAAUAAAAUCAUAACGACAAUGCCCGAAUAUGAAAUUGGUUACAAUUCAUUUCGUUUAUUAUUACAAAAUAUUAAUAUAGAAUAUCAGGGAAUCUAUUCAUGUGAAUUGUCGACCGAUGCUCCAGAAUUUAUGACAUUUAAAGAUUAUAAACUACUAGAGGUUUAUGUUUUGCCGAAUAAAAGUCCACGAAUCAGUGGUAAUAAAUUGAAUUUUUUGCUCAAAUCACGUAUCGAUCUGAAUUGUACAUCACCGAAAAGUAAACCAGUGUCCAUCAUACAAUGGUUUAUCAACGAUCAAUUGGCUCCAAACGACUAUCUUAUCAUUUAUAAUACGGUCAAUCAUACGGAUGGUUUACAAACACGUACGGUAAGACUUAAAUUCAUUGUAAAUGAAGAACAUUAUCAAUUAGGUCAUAUGAAAUUGGAAUGUGUUGCAAUCUAUAGGAAAUUAAUAAUUGGAGAGAAUGGUACAAUAGUAAGAAUCGAAUCAUCAAGUGUACAUCAUCAAGAAUCGUUAACACCGAAUGGACAACGACGAAAACCGGUAAUUUGGACACGAAGACCUAAUCGAUUUAAUACAACAACAUUAUCACCAAUAUUGCCAACACAAUCAUCAUCAUCAACAACAUCAUCAUCUUUACUAGCGUUAUCAUUAUGGUAUAUGGUUUAUAUGGCAACCAUUUCGAUUAUUAUCAAUAGCAACAAUUAUUAUUAUGGCUAAUUUUUUUGGUCGCCAACAACGACAACCAAGAUUGAGCAUCUCUCUCUUUCUCACUCUAUCAA